AUGCCAGCUACGGGUUCUGACCGGGAAGCCUCAUUGCCACGUAUUCCAAAGACUGCUGAUGGGUCUUUUCUCCCUCGAGGCGCUCUCAUAAUAGCAGAAUCAAGGAUACCUGGGGCGGGUUUAGGACUCUUCGUCCAACAACAUGUUGAGCCAGGAACCUGGAUAUGCGAGUACCUUGGUGAGAGGAAGAGCCUAAUGCAGGUAAUGCGCAUGGAAGAUAGAGAGUAUGUAAUGGGAACAGGACAAAUUAACUGCCAUAUCGAUGCAACGAAGCACCCAGAGGCAAGAAACGGCCUGUACGUCAACGACAAUGGCGACAGAAGGGCUUUGAACGCAGAAUUCUUUAAAUUCAAACAUGAAGGCCGCGUAUUACUGCGAGCAACGGCUGAAGUGAAGGCCGGUUCGGAGAUCUAUGCUUCUUACGGAGAGGUAACUUCGCACUACUACGCCCAUGCAAACUCCUUGACAUUUUCAAGCAGCGUCGGGUGGGAUUACACCUUGAUGGAGGUGUCAUGA